UCAAUAGAAAUUCUUGACAACUUAAGAUUUGCAACACCCUGCCAUGACGAUGCCUGAGCGGGAACCACUCAUAAAGGCACAUUUUGUUGGUUCCGAUGGAGCUGGCGGACCGGCGGAGUUGAUGCGUGUCUUCAAGGAGUCCAUGAAGGCCGCUGAGGCGGAGUCCCAAGCCCGUGCAGCCCGGAAAGCUGGAAAGAUCAGGGUUCCGUUGCAAUUUGGGUCUAAGCCACUGGACGCUCCAGAUAACAAGAAGGCCGGCGCCCCCAAGACAACUCACCUUGCAAGCUCGAGUCGGAAGCGAACGAGGUCGAGCUUACGUCGCCAAAACGAAUUACCAGAGGAGGAGACGUGGAAAGCCAUCGAAGCGAACAUCGACGAGGUUGAAACGGUUGAAGUGGUCAAGCAGACCGCAAUCGAUGUGAGAACUGAGGAGGCUCGACAGACUCAGGAGGCUAAUGCUUCUCAGAUCCGGAUUGAUCUCAGCAGCUGCUGGAAAGGGUUUCAAGAGCUCCUGGCCAAGCUCCAGCCCAGUGGCGAAGUUGGAAAGGUCUUGGAUGCAGCCAAGGAGCUUUGCAAGGGAUUGGACCCUGAGUUGGGCCGAGAAACUUGUGCAGCACAUGUCCUCCAAUGCUCCUUUCUGCGGCUGACAGCUGCAAACGCUCUACUGGAAUUGGCCGCAGCGAUUGAGGAGGAGUGUCUUGCACCCAUCGUGAGCACCUGCAUUGCAGCGCGGACGGUGCUCAACGCUGUGGCGCAACAGAUUGACGAGGGAAGAGGUGAUUCUCAAGCAGAGAAGAGUUAUGUGAACAGCUCGGACAGCUUGGAACCAGUACCUCAAGUCAAGCAGUUGAUGAAGAUCACGAGCGAAGUGGAAGAGCUAAGCGCUUUGACCAACCCCGACAUCAACCCUGUCCUACAUGAAUGUCAUUGUUUCUGUUGGAAGUUGGUGCAGGAGGCGUAUCGGAGCGACUCCAAAGACCUGAAGAAUUCAGAAGUCGCCACCAGGUCAGCUGCUUGUGCCACGUUGGCUCUUGGCAGGACGAUGGCUUUGGAGGCAGUGAAGGUGCAAUCAGACAAGCUGUCGGUGCUAGAGGUCCGCGCUCGCCUGCGGGCAGCGAGCCUGGCAGCGAUUGGCAAGGUGACCUCAGAUUUACAGGUGGAGGUGAAGGAGCAACGAAUCUCGCAAGCAGCCCUCGAAGCGGCGGACCUUGAGGUGGACAAACAGUUUGAGGAGCUUGCUCAAUUGAACACGGACGUCUCAAAAGGUCACAACAUGCUGGAAAGUCUGGAGUCACUUGCGAAGGCUGACUGGCUGCAUGCUGAAUGCUUCAAUUAUGGUCGUCCUGUUGAUGUGCUUGAAGCGGACUGGGUUCGCAUGGAGGAUGGCCAGCAUUUGAACGACUCCUUGAUUGACCUCUUCGUGGCUAUGCUAGUUGGACUUCUCGGUGGCUCGCGGGUGCAUGCCUUCAGCUCACACUUCUAUGCCAGGCUUGCCAGCAAAGAGGCAGGCCAGACAAGCGACACCCCGCCGAUGGAUCAGGGAUGGCAGCGAGUGAGAACCUGGACUCGGGCGGUGCGCAGGCGGCACGUGACAGGGAUUUUCUCCUGCGACUACCUGCUGGUGCCGCUGCACCACGAGGAAGAGUGCCAUUGGUCUUUGGCUGUUGUGUGUAGACCCUGGGCAUCCAUCGAUGUGGACAAUUGGGCGAGCAGCUCCAACACCACAGUGGCUUUUCUGGAUUCAUUGCGUUCGCCCAAGAGUGAGCUCCAACAGGAGGCCGUGAUUCAGAAGCUUCGGGACUACCUGGAAUGUGAGUGGCGUGUUUGCGGCGCGCUCGGCACCUUUCAGCCUUCGAGGGUGCAGGCAGUCUCCAUCGAGGUGCCCCAGCAAUCCAACAGCUUUGACUGUGGAAUUUUUGUUUUGGAGUUUGUGCUACAGUUGCUUCAGGAUCCUUGGCGUUUAGCAUCUUUGGGCCGAAGUGGCCACAGUCCGCUUUUCAAGGUUUGUGCAGAACCUCGAAGGCGUUGGCGCGAAGCAGCUCUCAAACUCUUCCUUGUUUUGAAGAAGGCAGCUCCAGCAGGUGCCGAACCAUCCCCAAUUGCAGCGUGGCUUUGGUUGCAAGACCUGUCCAAGGCUGUGUGCUUGACGCAGCGCACUCGACGCACUCGACGUAGAACUCCAGACUGACCGACCGAAUUCGUGCAAACCCACUCCAACGGCGGAAGGCUGUGCCAUGCUGGGCCUUCUUGCAAUCACUCAAAUCCCAGGGCUUAUGGCGCUUGAAGCCUGGCUCACACUACCAGUAGUGUGCAACUUUCACCAAUCUCCCCUUCAGGGGUGCCAAUGCAAAGGAUGUUCGC